GCAGCAAUCGCAAUGCUGCUUCGAUCGUGCUUGCGAGUGCCCAGCGCCGCGAUUGCGCGCCGCCCAGCGCUGAGUGUUUGCGAUUUUGCCACUGUAUCCACUGUGCGCGUGGAGAACACGCCGUCGCUGAAGCGGUCGCUUGGUCAACAUCUUCUGGUGAACACGUCAGUGCUGCAAUCCAUCGUCGACGCGGCGGAAAUUCAAAAGUCCGACCACAUUUUAGAAGUUGGUCCUGGGACCGGCAAUCUCACGUUGCUGCUGCUUGGCAUCGCGAAACGAGUUACAUGUGUCGAGUACGAUCACCGCAUGAUCUCGCAGCUGGAAGAGCGUUUCGCGGCAGAAAUCGCGGCCGCCCGACUCAAGAUUGUCCAUGGCGAUUUCGCCAAGAUGUCCAUGAAGUCGUUGCCCAAAUUUGAUAUGUGUGUGGCCAACAUUCCGUACAACAUUUCGUCGCCAGUGGUCGGUCAGCUACUUGGCAAGUCGCCCCACCCUCGCUUCCGCGGUGCCGUCCUCAUGGUCCAGGAAGAGUUCGCCCUGCGCCUCAUGGCAACACCUGGGACGAAGAACUAUAGUCGUUUGUCCGUCAACACGUCGUUCCAGGCCGAAGUGACGUCCGUGGUGAAGGUACCCCGCAAAAAUUUCGUGCCGCCACCAAAAGUGGAUUCACGCGUCAUUAAGAUCACAUUGCACGAUGAUCAACCGCCUGUGCACGACCUGGCGCGCCUCGAUACCUUUUUACGAAUUGCGUUUCAGCGCAAAAACAAAACUCUUCGCGCGCUGCUCACAUCCAAGUUCGCCGCGCCAUUCCUGCGUAUUGCCAAGGACGUCGCGAGCGGGAAGGAUCCAGCGGACGUGACCAAAGAGAUCGUGCUGGCCACCCUGGCAUCGCUAGACCUUCUCGACGCUCGCGCUGUGAAGCUGACUGGCCACCAGUUUGUCACAGUUUUGGAAGCGCUCGAAAAAGAAGGGCUGACAUUUGUCCCGAGCACGUUUGGCACAUUCGACGACUGAACCUUUGUGUGGCUGAGUCAUUGAGACGGCCGCCGUGAUCGAUGGAAUGAACGGCAUGUAUAUAUCAAUGCUCCUAGCACAAG